AUGGAGGUUACGAAGCGUAACUUCACACAGCUGCUGCCCCAAAUACUGCAGGCCAUAGGGGAUUGUUCCUUUGUUGCCCUCGACUUCGAAUUCUCGGGCAUAUUCAACCAGAAGCUGCGGCCGGCUUCGUCUUAUGCUGAUGGCGACUUGAGCUUGCAGAAGCGGUACGAAGAGGUGAAGCAGGCUGCGGAGGAGUAUCAGAUCCUUCAGGUUGGCAUCACUCUGGUGACUGAAGACAGUGAGAAUGGUACUUAUUUGCUGCGGCCAUAUAAUAUCCCUCUCAGUCCCCUCCUGGACCCAAGGCUUGAAGUAGAGAGGAAAUGGUCCUUUCAAAACAGCGACGGGGUUCCCUAUAUCUCGAGGAAAGAGGAAGAGGAUGCAAUGGUCCGAGUGCGCCAACACAAUUCUGCGAUAUCUCCCAUCAAUCUAGACACACUUGCGGCAGAUCAAGCGGAGUUCCUUAGGCAAGUCCGGCAAGACGUCAAGGAAUGGAUUGAGAAGGAUGGCCCAAAGGAUGGCUAUCUGAACAUCCCAAAGCCCGCCGGUAUGACGGAUGCUCAUAAGCUGCCACUGGAGCUGGAUAAUUAUCAAAAACGGCUCGUUCACCAAAUUAUCAACAGUGAGUACCCUGGUUAUGUGAGCGUGGGUAAGAAAUCCUUUGUUCAGAUAAUCCCGUACGACGCGGAACGGGAGAAUAAGGUCACCGAAAAGAAGCUCCAGAUAGUACGUGCCAAUAUAACUAGUCAGAAAGGACUCAGUUGGGUUAUUGAAGCUUUAACUGGCGGAGAGUUAGCAAGGCUUGACCUGAGACUCCUCUGGAGGCCCGAUGGAAUGUUCACUGCGGCCGAAGGAAGUAUGCUCACAAAGAGGAGUGAGGCUCUCCGGGAGAAGCUGAGGGCAGGGCCACCAGUAUUGGUCGGCCACAACCUUUUCACAGACCUUGUCAAUUUUUACAAGUGUUUCAUUGGCGAUCUGCCUGGACGUGUGGAGGACUUCCAGCAGGCGAUUCAUGAGCUGUUCCCUGUUGUUGUCGAUACGAAGUAUAUGGCCACACACGGGGGUGUAUUACGGGAUGCAUUUUCGGCCCUGUCAAAAUUAAAUGAGACCCUGGGAGCAAGGGAGGUGCCUAAUUUUGAAACCGACUCUGAACACUCUGCAUACAUAGCCAAUGCCCCACAGCACGAAGCAGGGUACGACAGCCUUAUAACAGCCCAGGUUUUUCUCAAGCUCGCGGUGCAACUAUUUGAGACGAGCACCUCAAGAGAGGCACUUAUCCAUCGGACCAAUGGGGAUGCUACCGAGAUCGACUUGAUGGAUCUCUCAACCGAACCCGAGGAACCGACCAAGAACGACACAAAGGAGACGGAGACGCAAAAAAAACUCGUGUACGGCCAUGCAACCAAGUUUGACCUCCUGCUGAGCAUGGAAGACGAAGAGAGCAGUUCUGGCUCGACGGGCCCUUCUUCGGAGCAAGAGAGCCUGAUUGUCCAGAAAGUCAUCGAAGGCAAGCUUCUUCCACGAUUUGACGAUGAAUUUUGGGCAGAGUACGUGAACAAGCUCAGGGUCUUUGGAACAUCAGAGGAAGUGUGCGACCUUUGCGGGCGUCCAGCAGCUCUAGAUUCCAAAAUUAUUAAUUAA